AUGGGGAACUGCGGGUUGAAGCCGAAGGCGCUGGGCGACGACGACGCUCCCCCGCCUGCCGAGCCGCCGACGGCACCGGCGACCGGCGCGGAACAGGAGGUGGCGCUGCCGGCGGUGGUGGAAGAGGCACCGGCACCCGCGGAGGAAGCUAGCCGGGACGUCGUGGUCGGGCAACAGAGUGAGGAAGGUACGAGCGCAGCAGCUGAAACGGAAGAACAGGAAGAACCAAAGGAAACAGAGGGCGCGGAACCCCCGAAGGAGAAGGAAACGGUGGCGGAGGAGGCCCCCGCCGCCGGCGCCGAACUUCCGGCGUCCACGCGGGCGACCGUCGCCUGA